AUGAACCCCGAUGACCAUAUUCCGUGCUCCGCGCCGAGUGCUCUCACACCGAGCACUGCGAGACUGAUGUCAGGGCAGAGCAGCGUGGAGCGCCCGAACAGCGUCCCACCGCUCGUACCCCGCGACGAUGCCGACGACGAGCAAGUCGAUCCCUCGUCGCCGUCGUCGCCACGCGUGGGCACGGGCCGCAAGGCCACUGUAUCUUUAAAUUUGUUUAUGGCGACGCAGAUGGGCAAUGUUUCUGCAGCACCAUCUCCCGCAUAUACCGCUGACGCGCGCGCUCCUGACUUGCACGAAGCCGCAAGGGAGGACAAGAGCACGCCGUAUACCGAGCCAAACUUGCCGAGCGCAGUAGAUACCGAGGCGGCCACUCCGCGUGCGUUGUUUGAGCGGUCACCUGCAGUAGUGGUCUCGCGCCGCGAAAGCGACGUGAAGCGCACCGCGACGCGUCCUGUUGUCCCGGAUAGCGAUCUGCUGAGCAGUUCGGUGAUGUACGACGACAGUGACGCUGGAGAUACCUCGUUCGUGAGCAACUCGAGCGACGCCUCGUCGAGCAGUUCGUCGAGUGUGUCGGACGAUGGCCGUACCGAGCCCGAAGUGCGUCCGCUGCCUCCUGGCUCGUACCCCGCCGCGUCGCCACAGACGAUCACCAUUCCAUCGCCAAAUAUUGCGGACGAUGGCGGUAUGCAUCCCCGGAAGCACCACCACCACCACGUGCAGGACUCAUCGGAGCCCCCGCCGAAUGUUGUGCAGCUGCAGCCUUUCAACCACCAGGUUGGCGGCCACAACCACAUCUUUCAGUUCUCACGGCGCGCCGUGUGCAAGCCGCUCGUUUCCCGAGAGAACCAGUUUUACGAGGCGCUCGAGCGCGACCACCCCGAUAUGCUCGCGUUUGUGCCACAAUACCUCGGUGUGCUGAACGUCACGUACCGCCACGUCCAACGUGAUGCCGAGGCGGAAGGCGAGGCUGGCACGACACCGUCGAGCCAGCCGGCGCGGCGCAAGGUCUUUGAAGGCCAAGACGAGUCGGACGAGGUUCCCGAAGUCGCACUGGAUAUGAACCAGCACAUUAUUCCCGAUUGGCUCCUGCGCAAAUCGCGCGCGGCGCACCAGCGGCAUAGCAGCGAGACGAACGCAGGCCCUUCGCGGUCUGCCGAGUCGGACUCGCACAUGGCGCACGAUGGUGCGCUGGAUACCGACGAGCCCUCGCUGCACAACUGCAUCUUGGGCACAGGGAGCACGUCCGUCAACCGCCGGCUCCAGGAGCAGGUGAUCCGCGAAGUCUUUCACCAGUCCAAGCCGCGGAACCCCCGCGGACGGCGCAGCGAGACGACCGACGAGCGCGGCCGGCUGGCUAAGUCGUGGGACGAGAAGAAGGAUGCAGUCUCCGGCCUCUCGUCGUUGGACGACUCGGAGCGGUGGCAGAAUGCGCGGCACGUUUCGGUCGACGCGGUGACGCUGCCCUCCGAGGCGCCGAGCACGCCGACGCCUGCACCGGGCACGCCGAUGGCAGCGCCUGCAUCUGCGACGCCCAAGAGCGGGACGUCGGACGCGUCGCCGCGCCCUCGCCAGGAGCAAUUUUUGCUGCUAGAGGACCUGACUGGCGGCCUCAAGGCGCCCUGCGUGCUGGAUCUCAAGAUGGGUACGCGUCAGUACGGCAUGGACGCCACGGAUGCCAAGAAGCGCAGCCAAACCAGCAAGUGCAACAAGACGACGAGCCGCUGCAAAGGUGUGCGUAUUUGCGGUAUGCAAAUGUACGAUGCACGCACGGAGCAAUUCAUCUUCCAGGACAAGUACUACGGCCGGAGCAUCAAGCCGAGCGAGUUUACCGAGGCGCUCGAGCGUUUCUUCUUCAACGGCUACCAGGUACUUAUCCACCACGUCCCGGUUAUGGUCGACAAGCUGUACCGCCUUGCGCGGCACGCCUGCAAGCUGAAUGGUUACCGGUUUUAUGCGAGCAGCCUGCUGCUUAUCUACGACGGCGACCUGCGCCGGCAGAAUGCGCUGCUGGAUGCGUUUGAAGCAGAGCUGCCGUGUGGCACGUCGCGCGUGCCCUCCUCGGCGAGCUCCGAGAUCAGCCCCGAUAUGCAGGCCCUGCAGCUGAGCGGCGAGCCGAGCCCGCUCACGACCGGCUCCGUUGCUCCGAGCUCCGUGUCCUCUGCGACGGUGCUGACGCUCCCCUCGCCUACGAUCUCUGCGACAACGCCGCCAUCGACGACCGACUCCCAUUCGCAGUGGCGCCGCGCGCGCCGCCUGGGCUAUAUUAAUAUCCGCAUUAUCGACUUUGCGCAUUGUACGACUGGCGACGACUUUUACUUCCCAGCCGACCAUGAUGGCCGGCCGCCGAGUAAGCCGGAAGAGAUGGCACUCCCGAUCGCGCGCCUUCCUCCGCAGCACCGCGACGAGCCCGACGCUGGGUAUCUAUGGGGUCUGCGGUGCCUCGCGUUGGCCUUUCGCGAGAUUUGGGAGCGCGAACGUGUGCGCCGUAUCGACGCGGCGCUCAGUGCCCUGCCACUGGAUGCGUCUGUCUCCUCUCGCGAGAUCGCGGUACGCAGUGUGGACAUUGGCGAGCUCAACGUGCCCGGCGCAGAGAUCUUUACCGAGCUCUUUGGCACCGAGGACGAGCCUGGUUCGCUCUCUGGCUAUAUUUCCUCGUAG